CGAGUUUGCGCGGCAAAAUUCUCCUGUCCCGCGUUUGGACGAGGAGUCGAGCAUAUACGAACCUAUCGUCGUUUCUGCUAAUGGCGACGAUCUUGAGGAAGUCGAGAUCCUGCCUUAUGCAAUGCCUGUCAUGACAGAUGUCACGACAGCGACUGGCGGAACACCCAGCAAGGCUAAGAAGAGAUCACUCCUUAUAGAAAAGAAGUCAACUCCCGCCAAGCGUGCCAGGCUAUCCACAAAUACCGACAUCAGUGCCAGAGUCUCUCCAGAAGGUCUGGACAGCCCAUCAUGGGCCAAAUCACAAAGCCGAGAUCAGGAGGCACGAGUCGCUCUAAGUGGCACAGAUGCAAAUGUUCAAAGUUUCGGCCACGAUUACAUGGGCAACAUUGACCCUCUCUUGGAACAAGCUGCUCCGACACCCAUCACGACCGCCCUGGACACGGGAUCGAGCUUGCAGACGCCAAAGGUGAGAAAAAAGCCUGGGCCGAAACCUGGAAGCAAACGCAAGCCGAGGGAGAAGCCGAUUGAAGUCGAGAGCUCGGAAAACGCCGCGGGUUUGACGACGCCUCGAAAUGGAAUAAGUAGUAAAAGCCAUCCACGAGGCAGUCGGAGGACCAAGGGCGAGGCGCGGCCUACUGGAAGAGCUGUAGACUACUUUGCAGCAUCGCGAUCUGAGCAGGAUGCCGCUCGCGAGUGGGUCCACAACCAGAACCUUCCGGAUCAGAUCAUGAGUGCUCUUGAGCACUCGAACCAAGUAGUAGCUUUGGCCGAUCUGGAGGAUAACGAUCUGGGUGACUUUGAGCGCUCAGUGGAGAUUGUCCAGCACUGGGAACUCGGUGACAAUCAUUUGUCGACGACUAACGGAGACGGCUCUGCUCUCUCGGAGCACGUGUUCCUCAACCAUGGCAUGGCCACCUUACCGCAGCACUUCAUGUUGGGAGAAUUACGAUGGCUCCCUGCUAAUCAGCUAGACGAGAACAUGCGGCCCUUCAUGCACACCUUUCAUGAGGUGCCAGGGCAAUCCCUAUACUCUUCAGAGACUCCUCUGCGGUCCGUUUCGGGUUCGGCCGUCAAACGUCUGCGGAAGAACUCACCCAGCUCGAUCUCCACCACGCAAAGUCCACAGUCAACUCGCAAGGCCGUUCAACAGAGAUCAAAAGUGCUGCCGCAGCGAGCCUCAAGGCCAACCGAUUACAGAACGAGGAUUCUGGCCUCAUUACCGACUGCGCAUCAAGGCCGCAUCCACAAACGUCGGCUCUCCACCGACCGCAUGGGUCUGCGUGGUGAGACUGACAUCAUUUCGGCCUUCAUUAUCUUCAAAAUCCUUGGUGGUGGUGUCGACCGGACGUCGGACUACGGCAUGGUGCUGAAGCUGUUCCCUGAACAGUCACUGUCUGGUCUGAGGAGACUCUGGGGUCGGGUGAUCAAAGAACGCAAAGUCCACAUUGCAGCAUUAUCGAAGAUAUUUCCCAAGGCAUUCCUAGCAGCCUACAAGAAAGGGGAGCUCGCACCACUGGACUACGAUCACUUUGACGAUUACGACUGGCUUUCUCUGGUCAAAUGGACCAGCCGGUUAAGGCUGUACGAAGAUAUCGAUCUUCCAGCCGACCGGGCAGACUUUGAUGAUGAGUUUGAUCUAGAGGAACCCGUUGAUCAAAUUCCCGACUGGAGAGAGAUGUGGUUCUCUGUAACUUCCCUCUUUAGCCGAAUUGAUGCCAAUGCUGGCAAGGCGGCAUCCACGUUGGCAACAGCGCCACAGGUCUUCGACGAUGAAUUGAUCCUCCGAGCACGUUCGUGGAUUCGAUCUUUGACGCGAACGCAGAUUCGCGGGCCGGGCACGGCCGAGAGCAUCCGAGCAAAACUUCUGGAACUCUGCCAGGGUGACGAGGACAGCACUAACCAGCUUCUCGAAGUCGUCGUCACUCAAUUGACGGACGAGAAGUUCGCAACAAGAACGAAAGGCAAACGUGUGGGUCAGUCGAUUCGCCUCAAUGCCAACUUCUCCAAACAUUUCGAGAGGAAUGCACACGUCGACAAAUUUGCCCAAGCAGUCGCGUUCAAGGAAAAGAUGGAUGCCGCAUUCCGGGAGGGCAAGGAAUUCAAGCUCUCAUAUGGCGCAGAUGACGGCAGUAGCUUGGCAAUGCUCAAUCUCCAAGCGUACGGACGCGUUCAUGUUCACCAAACCGACUUCCGCCACGUUCCUAUGGGACAUGAGCCUGGCAACUACGAAGGACGCAAGUUUCCCAAGAGUUAUUACCACUUCACCAUCACCAUCACGCCAUCCGAGACCUAUCAGUACAAUAAUGCCAUGGCCAUCCUCGAGCAAGCGCGGCUGGCUGAAGUGCCGACAAAAGGGCCCAAUGACGAGAUCCCGGCUUGGGUCAACUUGUUUGGUAAAAUUGACUAUGCCCACUGGAUCGAGUAUCUGUGCUCCUUCGUCUUUGCGGCUGCAACCCGCGGACCUGUCACUGCGCAGAGCAUGUGCCUCAUUUUCAAGCCGACAUUUGAGUUGUUCGAGGCGCAGCUGAUCCUAGACUUUGUUGACCGUCUUGGCUUGCUCAAGAGGUUUACGGCCUCCAGCGAGGGUGCCACCAUGGAUGAAUGGUGGUGGCUCGUCAUCGGGUCGUUGUUAGAUGAGCAGCAGAAAGCCAAAGGCAUUGCAGCGGCGACAGCUGCCGCAAGUACCGCUGUGCCAAGCAGCAAGGUGUGACACCACAGUCUUGUCAAGCCCCUCCUGACUGGGUCAAGCCCUCCUGACUGGAAUUCUGCCAAUGCGAAAUUUGUUGGUCGCUAGACAUGACCUGGGCGGUGCUGAAUGAAUACUUCGCAGACUGGGGUCUGUAGUUGCACACUCGAAUUUGUCGGAUGAGUCGACGAUGUCGCAACGUGUUGUAAAAGAAAAAAGAAAAAAGUGUCGUUCACUUGGACGCACCUAUGUAGCAUCCAAAUCAGCACAAUAAUUGCAAUUGAAA